AUGUCCUCGAUCCGCUCUACCCUACUUUUUCUAUGUUUGUCAUUCAACCUCUCCAGUAUUUCGGCCACUUCUUCACCUCUUUCACUUAGAGACCUCCAACCUCGAAUGAUGGGAGGUGGGAUGGGUGGUGCAGGCAAGAAAGGUGCACCCAGCGAAGACAUGGGUGCGGGAGGACUUCCCAAGAUGGGUGGCGCAGGCGGUGCGGGAGGUGCUCCGAAAAUGGGUGGUGGUGCUGGUGGUUACUCUGGAUUUAUAAAAGGUUUAAUGAAACAAGUACCAGGAGGAUCGAAUUACGAAGUAGUUUAUCCAGCCACAGUAGAUUACAAUAACGGACCUAAACAAGGUGCGAAUGACGCUCUGAAAUAUAUUACAGGUCAGAAAACAAAAUGUCCAGAGCAAAAGAUGGUUCUGAUCGGAUAUUCAGAAGGUGCAAUGGUCAUUACUCAAUUGCUGUCUAAACAAGGAUUCCCAGCAGAAUCGGUUUCGUCUAUUAUCCUUUAUGGAAAUCCUUAUUGGAUAGCAGGAAAACAAUGGAAUGCUGGAACGGCUAAAAGCGGAAAAAGUAUCGCUGCGAUGACUGGAAUCAAACUUCCUCCUGCCUUCGGUCCUAAGACACAAGAUAUUUGCUUGACCGGUGAUAUGAUCUGUUGUGGAGGUUCAAUGGGACCACAUCUCAAAUACCCUGGAAGUCAAUACGAAAAAGAAGCCGUCGUCUACUCCGCCAAAUUCCUUAAUGGAGAGACGCCUGCUCAAGCGGGAGUCGCAGGUGGAGCAGACGCUGCAGCCGGUGGUGCAGCCGGCGAUGCGAAAAAAGGGGGCGGAGGAAUGAAAGGAGGAGGAGGAGGGAUGAAAGGAAUGGGAGGCAUGAUGGGAGGGAUGGGACGACGGAGACGGUGA